CUUCACAUUAAUAACCGCUGUGACCUCUCAAUCGUUUGGGCGUCGAGAACGAUACGUCCAUACAAGGGUGCCGGAGCAAACCCUAAACUCCGUUCAACCAUUUCGCUUCUCCAUUGUUCCCGUCUCCACUUGUAAUGCGUCGCGUCGUAUUGACCGCUCUAAUGGCUUCCUCGCCUCGCCUUUUUCUCGUGGGACUACUACGCCCCUCCGUCAUCCAUAGGUUCAACAAAUCGCCACUCCCAAGGUUGCUUGUGAGGAAAUAUGUCAGGUCUAACAAAGUAUUUAAAGGAAUUCCAAUGGCAAGUAAGAGAUUGAGUAAGCAAAAGGAUUUUUAUGUGGAAGAGGUCCACUCUCAUAUCAUGUGGUGGAAAGAGAAGAUCCAACUUUGCAAAAAGCAUUCUACUGUUCUACUGGUCAAAAGGCUUACUUAUUCAAAUUUGUUAGGAUUAGAUGUCAACUUAAAAAAUGGAAGUUUGAAAGAAGGAACACUCAACAUGGAGUUGUUGCAAUUUAAGUCGAGGUUUCCUCGAGAAGUGUUGCUUUGUCGAGUUGGUGAUUUUUAUGAGGCUAUUGGAUUUGAUGCUUGUGUUCUCGUUGAGUAUGCUGGUUUGAAUCCUUUUGGGGGUUUGCGUACAGAUAGUAUUCCGAGAGCUGGGUGCCCUGUUAUGAACUUGCGCCAGACUUUGGAUGACUUGACCCGUAAUGGAUUUUCUGUUUGCAUAGUUGAGGAGAUUCAAGGACCAACUCAGGCUCGUACUCGUAAAGGUCGAUUUAUAUCUGGCCAUGCACAUCCUGGUAAUCCUUAUGUUUUUGGGCUUGCUGGAGUUGACCAUGAUGUCGAGUUUCCCGAUCCAAUGCCUGUAGUUGGGAUUUCACGAUCGGCGAAAGGCUAUUGCAUGAUCUCGGUACUUGAAACGAUGAAAACAUUUUCAGCAGAAGAUGGUCUUACAGAGGAAGCAAUAGUUACGAAGCUUCGUACUUGUCACUAUCACCAUCUAUAUCUGCAUACUUCUUUGAGACAUAAUUCUUCAGGUACUUGUCGGUGGGGAGAAUUUGGUGAGGGUGGACUUCUAUGGGGAGAAUGUAAUGGAAAAACUUUUGAAUGGUUUGGCGGCAACCCUAUUGAAGAACUUUUAUGCAAGGUAAGGGGAAUUUAUGGUCUUGAUCAAGAAACUACAUUCAGAAAUGUCACUGUUUCUUCAAAUAAAAGGCCUCAACCUCUGUAUCUUGGAACAGCUACUCAAAUAGGAGUCUUACCAACUGAGGGAAUACCCAGCUUGUUGAAAGUAUUGCUUCCUUCAAAUUGUGUUGGUCUUCCAGCAUUGUUCAUAAGAGAUCUCCUGCUUAACCCUCCAUGUUAUGAGAUUGCAUCCUCUAUUCAGGAGGCGUGCAGGCUUAUGAGCAGUGUGACUUGUUCUAUUCCUGAGUUCACUUGUGUAUCAGCUGCAAAGCUUGUAAAAUUGCUCGAGUCAAAGGAGGCUAAUCACAUUGAGCUUUGUAGAAUAAAGAAUGUAGUUGAUGAGAUUAUCCAUAUGAGUAGGAACCCUGAGCUUUCUGCUAUUUUACAUAUAUUAUUGCAACCAACAUGGGUAGCUACUGGACUAAAAGUUGAAUAUGAUGUAUUGGUGAAUGAGUGUAUUUGCAUAUCCCAAAAAAUAGGUGAUAUACUUUUUAUGCGUGGUGAAAGUGGUCAGGAAACAAGUUCAUUAGAGUUUAUUCCUGAUGAGUUCUUUGAGAAUAUGGAGUCUUCAUGGAAAGGACGUGUCAAGAGGUGUCAUGCUGAAGAAGCAUUUGCAGAGGUUGAUAGCGCAGCUAUGGCCUUAUCAAUUGCAGUGAUGGAAGAUUUUUCUCCAAUUGUUUUAAGAGUGAAAUCUCUCAUGAAUCCUUUUGGAGGUCCAAAGGGUGAAAUAUGUUAUGCAAGAGAGCAUGGAGCAGUUUGGUUCAAGGGGAGACGGUUUGUUCCAGCUGUAUGGGCUAACACUACCGGGGAAGAACAAAUUAAACAACUCAGACCUGCUACAGAUUCAAAAGGUAGAAAGGUUGGAGAGGAAUGGUUUACAACUAGCAAGGUUGAGGAAGCAUUAAACAGGUACCAUGAAGCAAGUGAUAAUGCUAGAGCUAAAGUUCUGAAUUUACUAAGAGGAUUGUCCAGUGAUUUGCAGACCAAAAUGAACAUUUUAGUUUUUUCGUCCAUCUUGCUUGUCAUUGCGAAGGCACUUUUCAGUCAUGUUAGUGAGGGCCGGAGAAGAGAAUGGGUUUUCCCUGAGAUAUAUGAUUUCUUUGAUUCCAAGGAAAUUUUUUUGGCAGAAGUAAACAGUAAAAUGGAGUUAUCAGGCUUAUCUCCUUACUGGUUUGAUGUUGCACAUGGAAAUGCAACAAAGAACACAGUCAACUUGAAAUCACUUUUCCUUCUUACUGGACCAAAUGGAGGUGGUAAAUCUAGUUUGCUACGGUCAAUCUGUGCUGCGGCAUUACUUGGAAUAUGCGGGCUUAUGGUGCCUGCUGAAUCAGCCUUAAUUCCUAAUUUUGACUCUAUUAUGCUGCACAUGAAAGCUUAUGACAGUCCUGCUGAUGGAAAAAGCUCAUUUCAGAUUGAAAUGUCGGAGAUACGUUCAAUUGUUAACGGAUCUACUGCAAGGAGUCUAGUUCUUGUGGAUGAGAUUUGUCGAGGCACUGAAACUGCAAAGGGAACCUGUAUUGCUGGUAGUAUUGUCGAAACACUUGAUCAUAUUGGUUGCUUGGGUAUUGUGUCCACCCAUUUGCAUGGUAUUUUUGACUUGCCUUUAGUGACAAGGAGUACUGUAUACAAAGCAAUGGGAACAGAGGUUGUAGAUGGAUGCACAAAGCCAACAUGGAAGUUGAUAGAUGGUAUAUGUAGAGAGAGUCUUGCAUUUGAGACUGCUGAGAAAGAAGGUAUUCCUGAAAUGAUUAUUAAAAGAGCUCAAGAACUCUACCUUUCCGUAAAUGCAACUGAUGCACAAGCAGCUGUUUGUGCUGUGAUGGAGUUUUCUAAUCCCAAGGGUUACUUAAACAAUCCUGCUGAAGUUUGCAUUUCAAAGACUACUUUUGAAUGUACUUCCAGUGUAUCGGAUCAGCAGCUAGUUGAGGAAGUCAAGAGUGCUGUAACAAUAGUCUGCCAGAGAAAGUUAUUAGACCUUUUUAAAAAGAAGAGCAUACCUGAGCUUGCUGAAGUGAGAUGUUUUUCUGUUGGUGCUAGGGAGCAGCCUCCUCCAUCAACUGUAGGAACGUCCAGUAUUUAUGUCCUCAUAAGACCUGAUAGGAGACUGUACAUUGGGCAGACUGAUGACCUGGUUGGUCGGCUUCGUGCACAUCGUUCCAAGGAAGACAUGCAAAAUGCACCAAUCAUUUAUGUCAUAGUCCCAGGAAAGAGUGUUGCAAACCAACUGGAGACUCUUCUCAUUAAUCAACUUCCUAUAAGUGGAUUUAGACUUGUAAACAAAGCUGAUGGAAGGCACCGAAAUUUUGGAGUCGCUGGCCUCGUUAUGGAAGCUCUUACUGUGCGUCAGCAAGACUAGUCUGUGUUGUUUCUGAAGCCAACCUAUGCCAAAGUUUUGUAGGGGUAGUUGCAAGAAUGUCUUUAAAUUUUGUUCAUUCUUGUUUUUCCCUUUUCUUGUUGUACAAGGGGAAUGUCAUGAUUCUUGCUCCUGCUAUGGUGAUAGCUCAAUUUUGCGAUGGGUGGCAACAAUUUGCCAUUUAGUAACAAGUGAAGGAUGUAGUGUACAAUGUCCUAUGGCUUGAUCAUCCAUAUGAGCUAUGAUUUAGUAAAAAGGCAAUUCUGCAGAAAGAUUAUGCAUCGGGUGAUGAACAAAUGGUCAUUAUGAUAGAAGCAGAAUGUUAUCGUAUCGUGUUUUCCUUGAGAAACAUGAUGGAAUGUUCGAGUCAUAUUGAGAUUACCUAACGAUUCUUCCUGUCGUUGUUGCCUUUCUGGA